GUCAAACUAAAAGCUACAAGGUACAGGGUCCGUGUGUUUGGCAAAUACACGAAAGAAAGAAAUUCAUGUACCAAAUCGCAUCAAACUGAGGUAAAUCUAGCCUGGUCAUAAACCCAACUGAAACUCAAUUCCGUAUCCUCUCAAAACCAUCGGCACUUCUAACGAUCUUAGAUUUGAAUUCUCAAGAGAGACAACUAUGGCGGAUCCUGCCAACACAACGCUGGGAAGGAUGUUGAUGGACCAUAUAACUCCCGUCGUGAUGGUACUUUCUACUCCUUUGGUUGAACAGAAAUGUCAAAAGAAUGGUCUUAGCUUAGUUGAUCUACUCUCCCCGUUCUCCAUCUUCGACAACAUUGAUGUGCCUGUACGAACAGCAAGUGACCAGCCUUACAGGAUUAAGAAAUUCAAGUUGCGAUUGUUCUAUGCUUCUGAUAUCCGGAAGCCUGAGUUCGAGACAGCAAAAGUGUGGUUGAACAAAGUUGUUACUGAAGCUGGGGAAAAGGAAAAUUAUGAGAGAUCUUCAGAGCUACACAGGAAUGAGAAAAUCCUCACCAGUCCAGAAUCAAAUGCAUUGCCACCAUGGUUUGAGAUAUUCAAUCAAGAGCUUAUACGGACCUCAUCGUUUUCUGAUCAUGAAACAUUUGACCAUCCCGUUGCUUGCCUGUUGGUUGUUUCAUCUCAAGAUGAAGUGCCAGUUAAUAAAUUUGUUGACCUUUUCAACAUCAACAAGUUUCCUUCUCUUAUGAACGAUGGUGCAAUGGAUCCGAAGAUUCUCAAACACUAUGUUGUAUUGCAUGACAAUCAAGAUGGACCAUUUGAGCAGGCAUCAAAGAUUUUAUCGGAUGUGAAAAACACUUUUGGGUCAAAUGAAUGCCAACUGCUGUGCAUUAAUUCCUUGCAAGGUGGAUCAGAAGAUAUUGAAUAUAACCCAUGGUCUUCCUUUAAAUCAAUCAAGGAACAUUUUCUCGACGCAGAUGAUAUUGAACAGAUAAAGUUUCUCAUGCAAGACCUUACAACUAAACACGUAAUCCCUCACAUGGAGCAAAAAAUUCGGGCACUAAAUCAGCAGGUUUCUGCUACAAGAAAAGGGUUUAGGAACCAAAUAAAAAAUUUGUGGUGGAGGAAAGCGAAGGAAGAUAUACCAGAUACCCCUGAUGGUCCAGCGUAUACUUUCAGUUCCACUGAAUCACAAAUCAGAGUGUUGGGUGAUUAUGCGUUCAUGCUACGGGACUAUGAUCUUGCCUUGUCGAAUUAUCGUCUUAUAUCCACAGAUUAUAAACUUGACAAAUCCUGGAAACGCUAUGCUGGUGUGCAGGAAAUGACGGCACUGGCAUACUUCAUGCUGGACCAACUAAGAAAGGAAGCUGAGUACUGCAUGGAAACUGCCUUCACCACAUACCUAAAACUUGGGCUGUAUGGCCAACAAAAUGCUAUUCGUUGUGGGCUUUGGUGGGCUGAAAUGUUGAAAGCCGGAGGUCAGUAUAAGGAGGCAGCCAACGUUUACUUCCGUGUUUCUGGUGAGGAACCAUUGCAAUCAGCAGUAAUGCUUGAGCAAGCAUCUUAUUGCUACUUAUUUUCAGUUCCACAAAUGUUACGUAAGUAUGGAUUUCACCUCAUUCUUUCUGGAAAUUCUUAUAAGAAGUGUGAUCAGAUGAAACAUGCUAUUCGGACAUACCAAACAGCUCUUUCUGUGUUUAGUGGGACUUCUUGGGGUCUAAUCCGAGAUCACAUACAUUUUCAACUUGGCAAAUGGUUUGCUAUACUUGGAAUGUCUGAUGUGGCAGUUGAGCAUAUGCUAGAAAUUCUGGCUUGUACCAGUCAAUCCAAGGCCAAACAGGAGUUAUUCCUUGGAGAUUUUCUUCAACUUGUUCAGAAAACCGGGAAAACAUUUCAGGUUUGCCGACUUCGUUUGCCAGUUGUUAAACUCCCUUCUUUUAGAGUUGUUUAUGAAGAUCAUCGAACAUAUGCUUCACCUGCUUCUGUUGGUGUACAAGAGAGCAUAUGGAAGUCUUUGGAGGAAGACAUGAUUCCAUCUAUGUCGACUGCUAGAUCUAACUGGUUGGAAUUGCAUACGAAGCUUGUGCCAAAGAAAUCUAAACAGUCAAAUAUUUGUGUUGCUGGAGAAGCAAUAAAAAUUGAUAUAGGAUUCAAAAACCCCCUUCAAAUCCCUAUAUCAGUCUCAAAUGUUUCUCUGAUAUGCAAGUACUUCGUGACAAGUGAUGAAAUGGAAAAAGAUGAUAUUGGGUGUUCCACAAGUUUACAAAAUGACGAACAUCUUAGAGAAUUAAUUGCUGAAGGGGGUGGGAAUGGAGAUAAAAGCCUAUUUAUAUUGUCUGAAGUUGACUUCUCUCUCAAUGCUGGUGAAACACUUCUUGUAAAUUUAACCGUUACCCCCAAAGCAGAAGGGAUGCUGAAAUUGGUUGGAGUGAAGUGGAAAUUGUCAGAUUCUGUUGUUGGAUUUCAGAUUUUCGAAUCUGAACAAUUAAAGAAGAAGAAUGCUAAUAGGAGAAAACCUAAACAAUCUAAUGGGGAUGAACUGACAUUUUUGGUCAUAAAGUCUUUACCAAGGCUUGAAGGAGUUAUUAGAGCACUGCCUAAAAAAUCAUAUCAUGGCGAGUUGCAACAUCUGGUUUUGGAGUUGAAAAACAACUCCAAUUUUCCUGUGAAGAAUCUUAAAGUGAGGAUCAGUCAUCCCAGAGUUCUUGCUCUUGGAAGCGAAGAAGCUUUGAAUUUGGACUUCCCUGGGUUUCUUUUGAAGGAUAAAUCUGAAACUCAUGGUCAUGCAACUCAGAGUACUGAAAUGGCUUCUUUUUUCCAAUUUCCUGAGGAUUUUGUUAUUCAAGGAGAAGAACCCGUCUUGUGGCCUGUUUGGUUUAGAGCUGCUUUACCGGGAAUGAUUUCCGUGUAUAUAAUAGUUUAUUAUGAGAUGGGUGAUGUAUCAAGUGUUCUGAGGUAUCGAACCCUACGUAUGUGUCACAGUUUUGAGGUCUUGCCAUCUCUGGAUGUGUCUUUCCACGUCAGCCGCUGCCCAUCAGGACUGCAGGAAUUCUUAGUACACAUGGAUCUUGUAAAUAAAACUAGUUCACAGAGUUUUGAGAUUUACCAGCUGUCAUGUUUAGGAGAUCAAUGGGACAUCACAAUGCUCCAACCAGUGAACAUACCAUCUCCAAUAAUGGCAGGCCAAUCAUUAUCUUGCUUUUUCAAGCUGCAGAAUGGCAGGAUGGUAACCAUUUCAAAAGAUGAGGUUAUUUCUCAUUGUGAUAACAGAGGAAGCCAUGUAAAGUUAGGUACUGCAGUUUACAAAGAAGACUUGUUUGAUAUAUCAAGCUCACCUGUAGUGGAUUUCCAUCGACAUGAAAGAUUGCAUGAAGUCAAAUCCCAUCAGCAGAGAUUAACUGAAACAGUGGACUUCAUUUUAAUCUCUCAUCCUCAUACAAGCGACACGAGCACCGAGUCUGCAGAUCAUUCUCGCAUUUUUUCUCAUCAUGCUUGCCUUUGCAGAGUUGGAAGUAAUGGUCCGCUUUGUUGGAUGAUGGAAGGACCAAGAACUGUUCACCAUGAUUUUGACAAGUCUUUCUGUGAAAUAAAUUUGAAGAUGAGUAUCCACAAUUCUCUUGAUGCUGAAGUAUCUGUGCACAUUGAUACAAACAAUUCCGUCUCGAGCGCUAGCCAAUCAAGUAAUUCUACUGGAGUUUCCGCUGAUACUAAACAUGGAUGGCAUGACGUUUCUUUGACUGGUGAAGCUAAGACCAACGCAGAUACGCUCGGAAGUACUCAAUAUGACAAGCAAAUGCCUGUUGAGAGUACACCUCCAUUUAUUUGGUGUGGAUCAAGUGCAACUAGAGUGAAAUUGCCACCAUUGUCAGAUAUCGAAGUGCCUGUUCAGAUUUGUGUAUUUGCUCCUGGCACUUACAAUAUCUCUAACUGUCUAUUACACUGGGAAUUGUCGCAAACGACUGCUGAGAGUGCUGCAGACUUAAAGGAAUCUUCUGGUACCUGUCCAGGUCAAUCCUUUUAUAUUACUGUGCUGCAGUCUACAUAAAUGAAUUGUUGGAUCUAUGUUUAGAUUGAAACUCUCUUUAAAUUGUAAAUUAUUUCAAUUUAUUGAUACAGGUUUUGGAUAUAGAAAUUACUGAUUGGUUUAGGCACACGAUAAUGUAAGAAAAUUUUAAUUUUUUCAUGUCUGAACAAAAUUAUAGUAUUUGUUGUAUUACAUCCCAUGCGGCUGUCUCAGAGCCUCAGUCUACGCUGAACUACUUCGAAUCCUAAGUUUGUUUUAAUUUCUAAAGACCUACCAGUAAAUGACAUUCUCGUUCUCACCA